GACAUGGACGGCUCCACGUUCGUCGCGGCCAGCGACCUGGCCUCGGACCUGCAGGUGGUGCUGGACCGCAUCCAGAAGGCCUGCGCGACGACCGCGGCGGCCGGCCCCCGGGGCGCCGCGAGCCCGCCGGGCCUCGCGGCGCUGCUGUGCCGGUCGGCGGAG